CAUGCGGAACAAGAGGUUAGCAGCCGGUCGGACCCUCAGCCAGUCCCUGACCCAGCUCAGCAAGGUCGGAGGGGUGAUGUCUGCUACUUCCAACACCUUAUCGGAUGAGGGCUCCUUGGAAACUGGCACGAAGCCUAUGUCCAUUCAGAACGGCAUGGUGGCAGCAAGCAGCAGCAUUGCACAGCUGAUCUCCCGUGGCACCGACUGUGCCUACGACCUCACCAUGAAGUCGGGCAAGAUGAGCGACAUGAGCAUGAGUGCACCGGGCUCGGUGUCGGGAUCACCACCUGACUCGAUGGAAGUUUCCCAGAAGAACUCGCUCGGUGCCUUGCCCAUCAAUACCCUGUCUGUGCCACCCCGGAUCAGUGCUGAGAUGCCACCCAUGCCAGUCUCCAAGCCAAUUCAGAUGGUGCCGCGGGGAUCGCAAAUGUACCCUCCCACUCAGCAACCGGACGUGUACUACCAGGACCCACGGAGCUCUGCAACUUCAUAUGAGGCUGCACAGUGUCCACCAAACCUUUACUAUCCUCACCACUCUCCAGGAACUGUGACCCCAUACCUGCCACAGUAUCGACGGACUAGCAAUGUGCCAGAACCUCCAAUGCCCCCUUCCACCCUUCAGUACCAGGACCAUUACCCAGCCUACAUUUCAGAGAGGAUGGGAAGUUCUCAGUACUCUAGCCCUCAGCAGUACCCACUGGCACAGCCGGUGUCAGGAAUGUACCCAGCACAUUAUGAUGGGCGCCGUGUUUACCAUCCCCCACAGUCCUACACGAGGGAGGAAAUGCGAAACAGCCCGAUACCUAUGGAUUUACCAUCUGCCGUCACCAACUAUGUCACAGAGCCCAGAGACCGCUAUGCCCCUGAAAACUACUACACUGUGAGUCCUCACCCCAACCAGAUCAGACCUCCUUACAGGGAUCCUCAUGUCAGGGUGCCACAGCACCAACCUCAACCUCAGCCAAGUCUGGAUUAUCUUCACCGGCGCAGGAAAGAGUUAAUGGCCCAGCUUGAGGAGAGGAAGACCAUUUCUCCACCUCCCUUCCCCCCAACCGCAGCAAUACCAUCUUCCUUUGUCGAUGUUUCCCCAGAGUAUUCUGAUGAGGACCUGAAAGCAGUCAAGAAGUACAAGGACCAUGAAUACACCGCUCAAUACUCGCCCUGGUCGUGCGACACUAUUGGUUCCUACAUUGGCAACCAACAUGCACAACCUAAAGACGUUAUGCCAUCCAGUGGAAUGGAGAUGAAUAAUGUUGACAGUAAAGGCCUGAGGGAGCAGCUGAUGAAUUUGGACCUUCAGAGGAGAGCAGCUGAGAGCAAGGAGGAGGAUCCCAUCAUACCCUUUGGGGAGUUGCCAACUGUUUCCAAAUUCGGUGCCAUUUCUCGCACCUCUAAAACCAGCUAUCAGACAACAGGGCCGGUGCAGGCAGUGGCCUCACAAGGCAUUGCCACGAAACCCAUCAGUGUCUCAGAUUACAAUCCAUAUGGAAGCCACAACAGUUGGGUGAACUCACCAGUCUUGUACUCGUCACACCAAGCCAUGCCUACUCAGGGACAUUUCAUUGACAGAGAGAGACUGAACAUGCAAGAAGUGGCUGCCUCUGGAAAACACACUGUGGCUCAGUUGCCUCCAACAGACAGGGAACAACUGAGGUUGGAGCUGCAGCAAGUGAACCAGCAGAUCAGCCAGCAGAACCAGCUGCGUGGAAUGGAGCCUGCAAACAGCCCAGUGCUGUUGCAGCGAGAGGUCUCCAGUCAGGCUCCUCCACAGCACACCUCGUGGCCCAGCCUGAUGUCCAGCGAGCAGCUGAGCUUGGAGCUGCACCAGGUCGAGAGGGAGAUUGGCAAGAGAAAGCAUGAGCUGGAAACGGAAAGUCGUCCCUCACUUGAUAUUCAGUAUAAACUGACAUCUAACAAUCAGACUGAGAAUGGACAAUCUGAGCAGCAGCAUAAAGCCCCUGAAGAUCUGCAGCCUUCCCUCAGUGAGGGGUCAAAGGUCGGGGCCUCCAGCUUUAUAACAGAAAGCGCCAUCAACACUCUAACCAGCAAGUGCAACUCUCUGAACCUGGCUUCUGAUACCGAGGGAGCAGACAGCCAGCAGAACGGGAUUUAAACGAACAACCUGCCCUGGACAAGCCAGCCCAAAUGUCUGGUUUAAAGAAAAACGCAGCACUGCAACCCAACAAACUUGACUUGCCACUCAUCUAGAUGCAAUGCGUCACAUUAGCAUCAAAUUUAUUUGUUGUUGUGUAUGUGGGAAUUAAUGUUUUGUUUUAUUAGCGUGCAUGCCUUGGCUUGCAAGGCAUGGGACAUAUCCUUAUGAUUACCUGGUUAAUCUUAGCGAAGUAAUCUCACCCUGUUGUAUACCCCUACUUCAGAACUGUGCCUGCCACGGCACAAGUUGAUGAAGUCACAUUCCCAUGGGAUUCUAAGAUGAUGUGACAAAGGAUGACGUCACAGAUGGAACCUUUUUAGUUCCACCGCAGUGAGGAGAAAUCCUUCCGCUAAUCUACUUACUGAAAGGUUGUUACUUCUCUGCGGGGAGAGAGCUCCACCAUCUCUAACCUUUUAUAGGACCUUCACCUGGAGGUUUUAUAGCCAGAAGGAGGAAAAAGUCAGGAGCCCUCUCAACCAGAAAAGUAACAUUCUUAAAUAUUGUCAUUGUGCUUUCCACAGCGUGGAAAUUAACUAACCCAAGAGAAGCCUUACUGGAAAAGGUUUAUUGCUUUCUGAACACAUUCGCAUGUUGAAGACAUUGCCUCCUUUUGCUUGGUCUGGCUCCAGAGAGUCUCAUGGAAGCUGAAGCUUCACUCAGACUGGAGAGAUGGUAGUUUGGCCAUAGGGUCCCCGCUGUGGAGGAAUUUGACCGCAGGGACUUCGUGUGGGAGGGUGAGGGCGGAGAAUCCAUUUCUUCCAAACUGUGAUUGCAUGUUUUUGCAUCAGUUGGAAAUAUGCCAUGCAGAGGACAAACAUGCUAUUUAAGAAGCUCUUUUAAGAUAUACCCUUACUGAGUUAUCUUAAAAGGACUGAACAGUGGUGUCAAACAAACCACAUGGAGAUGAAGCAUUGGUAGCGCCAGUGUAGGAAGAUGCUGGACAACACCAAACAGCCCCCCCCACCCUCCCUGAGUGGGCUAAGACUUGGAGCCCUAGCUCUGGGAGAGGCUGAAGUAGUUAUAGAUGGGAUUGAGUGCUCUGGCUGUCUCCUAUUUGCACUCUGCCACUAGUCAACAGCAGCAAAAGUCACAGGGAUCCAAACAGUUCUAUCCAAACAAGAUAGAACUGCAGAGACAAAAUAAGCCAUUCAAAUGGCAUGUUCGAAGCACCAAAAGACAAUGUUGCUUCUCUUCAGUCUGCAGUGAAUGCUGAGCAAGUUUGGUAUUUGAUCAUUAGUUUUCCUGUGGGUCUAAUAACCAACUCUAACAAGGAUUCUGAUCACGCUCCAGCUCUCCAUGUCCCCCGUGAUGGUGUGCACUUGACCAGCCCUGUCAGGCUGUUGGCUACUGACUUUUGCUUGGCAUUCGAGCUUUGUACAGGUUGUGUGCGUGUUUUUUUUAAAUGCGGAAAAGUUCUUUUUGGCACUGCUUUUAAAAACGGACAAAGGCUGGUGUCAAGACCUUCCUCUUGACAUUGAGGAGACUGAUUUUUGCAGUCUGCUUCAGACCUGACCCCCCCCCCCCCCCCCCCACUCCCCCGCCCCGUUUAGCAGCUUGCUUCAGCUGGUGUCAGUAACUGUAUGGACCUGGCUCAAUGUGACAGUUAGGAAUGGCAUCCUGGGCACUGUUUGUCACAGCAGCGUCCAGUGAAUCCACCACACAUCCCCAGUACUGUA